AUGACCAUCCCCGAAGUAGAUUACGCUAGUCCCAAUGCAUCGGAACAGCUGCGUCUAGCCUGCACUACCGUCGGCUUUUUCUAUCUUGUCAAUCAUGGCAUUUCUGAUGCGCUUAUAGCACAAGUGUAUCAAGAGAUGACUUUGUUUUUUAGUCAGCCAUUAGAAGACAAGCGAUUGGUGCUGGCCAACAAGUACAUGAGGGGAUACACCCUAAUGAGCGAAGAAACCUUAAAUCCAUCCGUACAAAUUAAAGGAGACACAAAAGAGGGCUAUUACAUCUGUCGACACGUGCCUUUAGACAGUGAUGAGAUGAAGCUGCCACUUCAUGGACCCAAUAUCUUUCCAAAUAAAGCAAAGUUUCCUACUUUUCAAGAAACCAUGGAAACAUAUUAUGCAGCUAUGUGCCAGCUAGCCUUUAAUGUGGCCAGACUUUUUGCUGAAGCAGCAGGAGAAAAAGGUAAGUUUGAUGGUCUAGGGAUGUUCGACAAGCCGAUGGCAGCAUUGAGAUUGCUGCACUAUUCUCCGGAAAAAGCAGACGUGAACAAGGGAAUAUUUGGAGCUGGAGCGCACACAGAUUAUGGACUUGUAACAUUGUUGUCAACAGAUAUGACCGGAGGGCUGCAAAUCUUGCAUGAGGAAAAGUGGAUGGAUGUUCCACCUCGGAGAGACGCUUUUGUCGUGAAUAUUGGAGACAUGGCUGAAAGAUUCACUAAUGGAAAAUUCAAGUCGACGCGGCACCGGGUUGUUAAUGUGUCAGGAAAAGAUCGCUAUUCAGUUCCAUUUUUUUAUGAUCCAAAUUUUACAUGUCAAGUAGAGUGUUUUCCAAGUUGUGUGACUGACAAGAAUCCGGCUAGGUAUCCGCCAACAACAAGCGGUCAGCAUCUUUUGGAUAUGUACAAGCAAACUUAUGCUGCGUUCGGGAAUUGUCAGUGA